AUGGCCCCCUCGCUCUUCCGUCUCGCCUCGUGGCUCGCUGCCGCGGCCGGCACCGUCCUCGCCGCCCCCGUCGAGCGCCGCGGCGUCAUCGACCACGAUGCCGUCGUCGGCUUCAAGGAGACCGUCCCCUCGGGCACCGUCGGCAACUUGUACCUCAAGUACAAGCCCUACCUCAAGGUCGUGAACGGAUGCGUUCCCUUCCCCGCCGUCGACGCCGCCGGAAACACUGGUGCCGGCCUCAAGCCCACGGGCAGCUCCAACGGCGGCUGCUCCUCCAGCACCGGCCAGGUCUACGCCCGCGGCGCCGCCUACAACGGCGCCUACGCCAUCAUGUACUCGUACUACAUGCCCAAGGACUCGCCCGCGACCGGCCUGGGCCACACCCACGACUGGGAGAACAUUGUCGUCUGGCUCUCGGCCGCGUCCGAGUCCGCCACGGUCCUCGGCGUGUCCGUCUCGGCCCACGGCAACUACGACAAGAAGACGUCCGGCAUCAGCUACACCAGCACGACGCACCCGCGCGUCGGCUACCGCAGCAUCUUCCCCGUCAACCACCAGAUGAUCUUCACCAGCGACCAGGGCGGCCAGCAGCCCGUCAUCGCGUGGGAGUCGCUGCCCGCGGCCGCGCGCACCGCCCUGGAGAACACCGACUUUGGCAGCGCCAACGUGCCCAUGAAGGAGGGCAACUUUGUCAACAACCUCGGCAAGGCCGCGUUGUAA